AUGACGCUCUUCAGCUCGAACGCCGGAGGUACAGGCUCCAGCCUGGCUAAGGCUGCUAUUAUCGUGGCCGGCGUGGCCUCGCUGAUGGCCUCUCUCAUCUCGUUACUCAAAAACUACCGGAAACCUCUCCUCCAGCGAUACGUCGUCAGAAUACUCUUGAUGGUACCUAUAUUUGCGAUAUCAUCUUGGACAAGCAUAGUUUCGUUGAAAGCAGCAGCCUGGGUUGCGCCUAUUCGAGAUAUUUAUGAAGCGUUUACCAUCUAUACCUUUUUCCAGCUACUGAUCAACUUCCUCGGAGGGGAGAGAUCACUCAUCAUUAUGACCCACGGCCGUCCUCCAAUUCAGCACACCUGGCCCCUCAAUAAAUGCCUCUCAAAGAUAGAUAUAUCCGACCCUUACACCUUUUUAGCAGUGAAAAGAGGGAUCUUGCAGUACGCAUGGCUCAAACCGAUCCUUGCGUUAGUUACCAUCAUUCUUAAAGCAACCGGUACCUUUCAGGAGGGCUACAUUGGCCUCUCCUCUGGCUACCUGUGGGUUGGAAUCAUUUACAACCUAAGCGUCACAAUCAGUUUAUAUUCACUUGCCUUGUUUUGGAUCAUUAUGAAUGAUGACCUCAAGCCUUAUCGACCAGUCCCAAAAUUUUUGAGCGUCAAGCUCAUCAUAUUUGCAUCUUACUGGCAAGGAUUCUUUCUUUCUAUCCUUCAGUUCCUAGGAGCGAUUCCUUCUGGGCCUGAAGGGUACUCUCCGAACAACAUGGCGGCUGCAAUUCAGGAUUUGUUGAUUUGCUGCGAGAUGCCAAUCUUCGCGUUCAUGCACUGGUAUGCGUUCUCAUGGCAUGACUACGCAAAUGCAUCGAUCUCCUCCGCUCGAAUGCCGGUGAAAUACGCGAUUCGCGAUGCAUUCGGGGUAAAAGACCUCAUCGAGGACACCAAGGAGACUUUCCGUGGUGAAAAGUACCAGUAUCGGUUUUUUGAUUCAGAAACAAACGUCAUUGCCCAUGAGGAGUCCCGAUCACGAAUGGCUCGCGUGAUGGACGGCAUGCGAUACGAAAGAGGAGGAAAGGCAAAGUAUUGGAUCCCUAAGCCUAAAGAGGCGAAUAGCCGCACACCACUUCUGGGACCUGAAUCGUCAUCUCAGAGGACAUCUCAUGCCAGUUCGAGCCGGAUAAGGGACGAAAACAAGCGAUCUUACGAUAUCGACGAGCCCACUCUUAACGAAGAUGAUGAAAUUAUUUUUGCCAAUGCACGGAAACUAGAAUUCGGCGACUGGAACUACCCCGUCAUAACAACAAACGAAGUAUACAGAGAGCAGGUAUGGCAGCACUCUCGUGCAUCCAUGUACUCAAGCCGACAAGGAUCAAGUGAAGGAAACCAGAUAAAGCGGUCUGCCAACCGCCAGAGCAGGCAUCAGCCUCCUGCAGAAGUGCAGUCCAACUCAUCAUCUAGUAACGUCAAGGCAGACAAGGGCAAACAGCCGGCCGCUCUGACCAGAGGGUCAAGCCGGAUAAGCCAAUUGAGCAGCUCUUCCCGCCAGCUUGCAGACUUGGUCGAUGAUGCAGACGAGGUCGCAACUCAGAAGGUAAAUGAUCAACUUCCUCGUGAUACCGUAACACGAGGUUACGCACAGGAACAGCAAUCCAUAGAGGGCGGAGAGAGAUCCCUCGAUUUAGAGACUGUUGCCACUCACAUUCGAGGCACCAGGAACAACACUACACACCACGCUAGUAGUAAGGGAUCGCAGUUGCAACCAGACCAAGGCGAAACCCCUGAAUAUUCUAAUUAUAAUAUUGAUCACGACACGCAUGAUCACUCCAGCGGCUUCCAGCAUGAAGGAUCCAGGCCGGGACCUGAGGAGUACGGCGGCGUUUUUGACGAUGAACAUGAUGCCUGGAACACCUCUGGUGCCACCAAAUAA